GCUGGAUCUACCGUACCGUACGGGACGGGCCGCUACUACACUAUGGUGUCAUACUGGCUAGCUAGACUACUUUCUGUCUCAUCUUUUUGGUGAUCUGAGAAAAGCCACUGUCUGGUAGUGAGAUUCUGAAGGCAAAAGGAGAGGAAAGGAACAGCUGCUUCAGCACCAUGCAAAUUUCUUGUGUGAGUAGUUUCUUUUGGUGCCUGUUGGAAAUUAAUUUCACCCCCAACAUCCCAAGCCUCGACUCCACUCACUCCAUCAUGGGACAAUUCAGCCGAACUGGGGGUUUUCGUACGGCGGUGAUGUGUUGGUGCGGUGGUGCAUGGUGAAACUUUGGCUGGUUGGGCAGCGAGUGCGUUGCCACUUGGCUGAGCAUGCUCCUUGGAUCCUUUGCCGCCGCACACAGAAAUGAAUACAGUACAUAUCCUCGCGUCCUCUUGCUAGACCGUGACCAGUACGGUGGUGUUGGCCAUGAGAGUUGCGUGAUGGACACUGGGCGGACUUUCAGCCGCGUACUGUACCACUACCGGUACUAAGGUAGCAUUAGGGUUAUCGAACCCGAAGAAAAGAUCCCAAAGAUCUUCCACAAAAAUCAGAAGCGCUCGCCACCCAUCGCCACACCGCCACAGGUUUAUCAUUAUCUUCGAGGAUGCUACUCCAGACUUUUUCUUCUACCUCGUCAAGCACUUCUAUAAGUCCCGGUGCUCUUGUUCAUUUGGGACUACAGGCAGCCGCAGCUCUCUUUCAGGUGCCGUCGGAUACCUUUGUCCAGCAGCUUCCCAUGAUUGCCCCGUUGCCUCAAUCUCCUGCAGAAGUGGCUUUGCGAAAAUCGGUGGACGAAUUACUAGAUGAAUCUAUGGAACCAUGGGCCAGCAGGCCAGGAUACCCCAUCUUUGAUGAUGAUGAUGAAGAUUGCAACAUUGUCAAUACAAAAAUGCAACGAUUUUCAAUAAAAACUUCAGACGGCAAUGUUGGUGACGCCCAGCAGCAAAGAACACCGGCCACCUACGGUGAAAUAACAUCGGUGGGGGCUCGGCAGCUCUUUUAUCACAUGGGCUUAACAACAACAACAACCGGAAAUGAACAUUCAAAAGAGGAAGACGAGGAGAUUGUGUUUGUGGACUUGGGUUCUGGUCGUGGGAAACUGAUUCUACAAGCAUUCAUGGAACUUCCAAUUUUGUCCAAAGCUGUUGGCAUUGAGUUGGCUCCACAGCGACAUGCAACAGCUGUUUCAGCAUGGACAGACCUACAAUCCACAGCCAAGGAACUCCGAUCCGGUCGUUCACAAGAAACAACCACGGAAGCUACCGUCGAGUUUCUAAAUGAAGACUUGCUGGAGGUGGACUUGUCCAAAGUCACACACAUCUAUAUGGCUUCUUUAUGUUUCCCAGAUGCUCUAAUGCAUCACAUUGCUGCCAAAUUGGAAGAGAAUGCUCCGAACUUGAAAUGUCUGGCUACAUUGAGGAAGUUUGAAACUUCCCCAAAGCUUGCUAGUAAGACAAUUGGAUUUCAGCAUCGCACCGAGUACAUUGACAUGACCUGGACGCAAGAAAGCAGUCGAGGAUGUCCAACUUUUGUUUACACAAAGGCCCCUUUAGCCUGAGACUGGUCACUAUGUCGUCAUGGAACGACUUUGCGAACAACACUGUGACAAAUUACACAAAUCCUGGUUGAACAGUGCAAACCACAAAGCCAAGUCUACAAGUUCGGUCAAAUGAAUUGGCGAGACUGAGCGUUUUGGAAGCGCUCAGAAUUGCUUUGCCAAAGCACUUUUCCAUUCCGAGGAACUGGUAUCGAUGGUGCUUGUGUUAUCAGCACACAUUGAUCUAAUAAGGCGUGCAGAUUAAUAUGUCA